GUUCAACCAGUUGGUCAACUCGAAAAGGGAGCAGUGAUUCAGCACCCACCCACACAGCAACUGAGCGGUUAGUUGCUCUUUGGCACGCUCGGCGAAAUGGGCUGCGAAAUGUCGGCAGGAGCUACAAUGUUGGUUUUCUUCGUCCUGACGGGGAAUCUCGCAGGUCCCGUGGGCGCUCUCGAAUCCGUCGCCAGUUGCCUCGGAGCGUCCGUCACCUUCUCACGGAGGUGCACCAUUCCGGACGGAACCAAGUUGAGCUGGAUCGUGAUGCGAAAGGAAAAAAAAACCGUCAUUUACGAUCUGUUCCAAGCGUCUGAUUGGUCGUCUCAAGAACCCAACCCGAACUACACGGGGCGAGUGGAGCUCACCGCUGACAUGUCUCUGCGGCUCAAAGGGGUGGGCGAGGGAGACCGGGGAGUCUACAUAUCGGAAUAUAAACUAAAUUACGAUAUUACAACGUGCCAGUCGUAUGAUUUGCGCGUCACAGGACCACCGCCCAUGCCGUCUAUCGACGUCCACCCCAACCGCAUCGUCGAGGGCGACAACGUCACCCUCAGCUGUCGCGUGCCCGACGGAAGCAGCGGAAGCGGCGACAACGUGACCGUGAGCUGGUUCCGAGACGGCUGCCCCUUGCGGGAGGACGCGGGGGGCGACCGUUCGCUGGCGAUGAACUCUGUCGACAAUGGGGCCGUGGGUCACUACGGCUGCGUCGUGAGCAACGCGUGCGGACGCAGCCCCAGCGCAGAAGUCAGAGUCGACGUUCACUACGAGCCAGAGUGGAUGAAGCUGAGAGCCGACUGGAUGUCUCUCGACGUCGACAGUCACAUCAUCCGUAUCCGCAGCAACAGCAGCUACAGCAGUAACAGCAGUAGCAGCAACAGCAGCGUCGACAUAGUCCCGGCGGAUGAGAAGAUGGCGGUGGUUGCCCGCAGGGUCUACGACGCGGUGCGUGCGCUCCUCAGGGCCGCCUCCAUCUCCUCUCCUCGUUCUGGCGGCGACAGACCGCGACAGCCCGGCAAGUCCCCAACCCUCGCGGGAAUCUUCCCCGCGGAGGCGGAGGAGGAGCCGGCGUUCGCCGCCGAGGCCUCAGAGUUGACGCGCAGACUCCUGGGGGAGAGGGACAACGACACCGAUGGCUGGAUCUCCGCCAAAGUGCACGCGGCAUUCCGCGACGUCCUCCGGGCGUUCUCCGGCGACGACAGCCGUCGGACGUUCAGCGCGACGCGGGGAGCCUCCCAACUAGCGCCGUCGGGACCCUCCGCGAGCACUCGCGUUGCCCGCGGCCCGCCAUGCCCAGCCACGUCCGACAGUGACGACGCCCACGGAGCCCUGGUGCGCCUCGCCUACCCGGCCAGCCCCGCAGGCGGCAGUCACCAUUCACCGUACGACGCCGUGCACCGGGCCGUGUCGAGGUCUGGCGAGCAGCCCUCGUCACUGUUCGCCUUCGGGCGACGCUCGGGCGAUGGGGCUUUUGUCGUCGUCGUCGCCGGCAGCAACGACGGCGACAACGGCAGCGGCAGGGUCGUCGUUGCGUUUCAUUCGGUCGGAUCGCUGCCCGGCGCAAGCGGCUGCCACAACGCGACGAAGGGCGGCAGCCUGAGCCUGGCGUGCAUCACCGCCUCCGGACCAGGGGCCGUCUGCGCGUGGAGCCUCAACGGUGGGAGGCUGCCACUGCCGGCGUCGUCGUCCCCGCCAGAUGCUUGCGAGCUGACCAUCCACAACCUGCAAGUUGGCCACGAGGGGCGCUAUGAGUGCGUGGCCACCAACGUCGCGACCGGACGCAGAGCGACGGUCGCCACGUGCGUCUACGUCAGCGAUGGCAACCGCCCACCACCACCACCACCGGAAGGGAACGGAUGGAAGCCUCUUGGAAUCACUGGCAUGACCAUAGGCGUGAUCAUCGUCAUCGUCAUCUUCGUCAUUGUUUUCAUCGUCAGAGCCUUCGAGAUGAAACACAAAGCUACGAGGAUAAGAGAAACGCACAACGAUUCCACGCGACGUCCAGGCAGCGAUGCUGAUGAUGAAGCCAACUACGAAGACCCGGAGGACGCUUGGCCCGGUGCAGAAAAAAUCAACCAACUCGUUUCGCAAUGCGACCUGCCGGGGACCGCCUCGUGCCAUGACCAGGUCGCGGGAGAGCCGCCCAUCUCGGCAGAGGCCAUCAAGGAUGGUCGGACGCUGACAUUAGCAGCGGGAACGGAGCCCUGUGACUACGAGACCGUUCAAGAGCCUCUCACCUACGCGGUGGUGAACAGGGACAGCCGGAAGCCAGCGGCAGCAGCGACAGACACAGCGCCAUGCGACUACGAGACCCUUCAAGAGCCUCCCACCUACGCGGUGGUGAACAGGGACAGCCCCAAGCCAGCGGCAGCAGCGACAGGCACAGCGAUCGAAUCUCCGGACAAACGCCACCACCACCACCACCACGACUCCUCGCCACGCAGAGACACCGCGACCCACGCCACCUACGCCUCGGUCCGUGCCGCUCACGUCCGAGUCUCGACGGGGAGCGUAGAAGUACAGCCAACGGAGGGAACGAUGCAGUGGCCGAACGAGUCGAGCCUCUGAGCGUCGCUCCACUGCCGUAGCUCAGCCGGUGCGCGCGUGAUUAGGAGUGUAGUGUAGUGUGUAGUGUAGUGUGUAGUGUAGUGUGUAGUGUAUAGUGUAGUGUAUAGUGUAGGAGUGUAGUGUAGUGUGUAUAGUAGUGUAGUGUGUAUAGUAGUGUAGUGUGUAUAGUAGUGUAGUGUGUAUAGUAGUGUAGUGUAUAAUUGGAGUGUAAUGUGUAUAGUAGUGUAGUGUAUAAUUGGAGUGUAGUGUGUAUAGUAGUGUAGUGUGUAGAGUAGUGUAUAGUGUAGUGUAUAGUGUAUAGUAGUGUAUAAUUGGAGUAUAGUGUAGUGUAUAGUGUAGAGUAUAGUGUGUGUAGUGUACAGUGUAGUGUAUAGUGUAGUGUAUAGUGUAGUGUAUAGUGUAGAGUAGAGUAUAGUGUAGUGUAUAGUGUAGUGUAUAGUGUAGUGUAUAGUGUAGUGUAUAGUAGUGGAGUGAUCGAUAAUUGAGGGAGCAGGGACGGGGUUAGUCAGGACAAACUCGUGGUGGAACCAGGAGGUUCCUACUAGUACAAAAGACAAAAGUCUAUUUUUUUAUACUUAUUGCAUUGUUUACAUUAUGGGAGCUACCCACAUGCCAAAUUUCAAGUUUGUAGCAUGUUGAGAAGUACGCUAAACAUUUCGAACAGACACGCACAUCCACAAAUUUUCCUUUUGUAUAUAUAUAUAUAGAAGACUUUGAGGCGCUGAAUUCAAAUAUGAAAAUUGGCUACUGUUGCCAAGAUAUUUAAGUUUUUAAAUCCUUUAUAUUAAGUUCGCGUGCUUGCUUGCGUGCGUGCGUGCUUGCUUGCUUGCAUAGGACUGUGCAAAUCUUUCGCUCGUUUUUUAACCCACUUCCCGUGAUCCAAUCGAGCUGACAUUUUCCACACAGACUCGUUGUGCGAGACAAUUAAUUUUCGUGAAAUUUUUUUUCCAAAAUUUUACACUUUUUAGGGAAAACAAAUUUAAUAUUUAAUUACCAAUUGCUUAAUACUGGCAGACAAUCAUCUGACCCAUAGAUUGCAGCCAUCUCAAGCCAGAGGACGAGAGAACUCUAGCCGCCACGCAUAUAAAGGAUUUAGAGUGAAAAACUUUGUUUUUACGGGUUAUACUUGUUUACAUUUUUACCUCCGUAAUAGAGGUUUCUUGGGUUAGAUCGCGAAAAAACCUCUUAUGAAUGAUAUUGUUCGCGAACGCCAACGUUUUAAACUUGACAUUUUUACCUGUUUGUAUAUUGUGUAAAUGGAGUUUUACUCAUAAAUUGUAAAUCGAGGUCUUUUUUCAUGUGUUUAUGGUUCCUUUAAAUUAUGUAAUAAUGGAAAUAAAAUAAAAUAAUAAAUGACGACGUUUCGGAGGCAACACAAGUCUCCGUCAUCAGGUGGGACCGUCACAGCUAAAUUUGCUUAACAUUAAAGUCAAUGGGAGACUUUAACAUUGAAGUCUAUGGGAGACUUUAACAUUGAAGUCUAUGGGAGACUUUAACAUUAAAGUCAAUGGGAGACUUUAACAUUGAAGUCUAUGGGAGACUUUAACAUUGAAGUCUAUGGGAGACUUUAACAUUGAGGUCUAUGGGAUAUUUUAACAUUGAAGUCUAUGGGAGAUUUUAACAUUGAAGUCUAUGGGAGACUUUAACAUUGAAGUCUAUGGGAGAUUUUAACAUUGACGUCUAUGGGAGACUUUAACAUUGAAGUCUAUGGGAGAUAUUGACAUUGAAGUCUAUGGGAGACUUUAACAUUG